AUGCGUACCUUCACACAAACAGGCAAUGUUCUAUACUUUCCACAGCCUAAGCUCUUAGCUGAAGAUCAGUCAUCAUCAGUCUUCAACGCAGUGAAUGCACAGACUCUAACUACUAUUCCAGAGAAGACCAUCACAUCAUCGACACUUGGAAAAGCUAUGAUAGUUGCUUGUGUCGUAAUUGUGAUUAUUAUAAUUGGUAUAGUUGUAUCUUUUAUAUGGGCACAGAUACAGUCAUCAUCGUCAGGUGAUCCAACUACACCAUGUCAAAAUGGAGGCACUUUACUUUCGAACGGUUCAUGUGCAUGUAACAAUUAUACAACGGGCACAUACUGUCAAACCCCGCGCUGCCUUGUGGCCGGUUCCUUUUCAACGAGCUGCUUAAACGGUGGUACAUGUACGUACAGUACAUUGACGAGUACAAGUACUUGUUCAUGCGUUUCAAGCUCUUGGGCAGGAAGUUAUUGUCAAACUCCUCAAUGUCCCCAUUGUAAUUAUAACUGCGGCUAUGGCUCUUGUAAUUCACCGUCGAGCUGUUAUUGCAGUAGUGGUUACCAAGGAACAUGCUGUAACUCGACAAUUACAAGUGGUCAAUGUCUGUCGCUGAGUCCGGCGAGCACAAUCUCUUGGGGCGGUGGGUUUAACAAUACUUUUUAUGGUCACGAACAUGAUGUGCUUAACGUUUCCUGCACAACAGGAAAAACCCUUACAGUUGCUUCAUGUUUCUAUGGUAUUAAUAGUGCCACUCCUGGAUAAGCCUGUAAGAAAUUAACAUCGGUGGCAUCAGGUGUACGAAUUGACGAAAUAUUCGAAGAUACACUUCCUCAGAAGCACAACUUUCGUUUAAAUGAAAUUGAACUUGCCAAAAUGAAUCGAUUUCGAGAACAAGAAAUAAAAAAACAAUCUGAUCGUAAAAUGCAAACUACAGAAUUAACAUCUGAUUCAUCACUUUUACGAAAGAAAACUUCGAAAAAUGAACGAAUAAGUCGUCCUAUUCGUGGAUCUCGACGGCAAGCAAUCAUUGAAAAGUUUAAAACGGAUGCUUCAGUUUAUCGAUUGCACGCUCAAUAUGAUAAAGAACGAACCAAAAAUGAAAGAAAAGCUGAAGUGACUGCUCAAUCUUCACUUAUAUCAGAUAUUACAUCCAGUAUUUUACAACUUCAUGAUCAAUUAUUUAAUGAAAUCAAUAAUGAUGGAACAAUCAAAAGUCCAAUACAACUUAUUCAACUUCGACCAUUUUGUAUUGUGGCAUUUAGUGAAGCUUCAGUACAUUUGUAUGAUGUUAUCGAUAUCCAAAAACGUAUUAACAAAUACUUACCAGAAGAUAUUCGUGAAUUGGGUAUGUAG